AUGGGUGAGGAUGGAAAUAUCAGCACUGUCAACAUCUCCUAUAUCAACUUCUUCCUGGUGGGUUUCCCUGGACUGCAACAGUGGCGGGCCCUCUUGGUCCUGCCUCUCACCUUCCUCUAUGUGACCAUCAUUACUGCCAAUGCUGUGGUCAUCUACACCGUGGUGGCUCAGCGGAGUCUGCACCAGCCCAUGUAUGUACUCAUUGCUCUGCUCCUGGCUGUGAACAUUUGUGCUGCCACAGCAGUGAUGCCUAAAAUGUUAGAAGGCUUUGUACAUUAUGCGAAUCCCAUUUCGCUGCCUGGCUGCCUGGCCCAGAUGUUCUUUAUCUACUUCACCCUUCUUCUGGAUUACAAUCUCCUGCUAGCCAUGGCCCUUGACCGCUACGUGGCCAUCUGCCACCCACUCCGUUACUCUGACCUGAUGACUUCCCGCCUGCUGGGCUCACUGGCCAUUUUUGCCCUGACACGGAGCCUGGGAGUGGCAGCACCCUUGGUGAUACUAACUGCACGAGCUCGAUUCUGCCACACAGCUGUGAUUCGACACUUUACCUGUGAGUACAUCGCACUGCUGAGCAUAGCUUGUGGAGACCUCACCUUCAACAACCAAUUGGGACUGGCUAUGCGGCUGAUCACUGUGACCUUCGAUCUGGUCCUGCUGGGAACUUCCUAUACUCGGAUUAUCUAUGCGGCCUUCCGAAUCUCCUCUGGAGGAGCCCGCUCCAAGGCCCUGCACACCUGUGGCUCCCACUUAUUGGUCAUCCUUACCAUCUACCUCUCUGGUCUUUCCACUUCCAUUGUCUUUCGAGUAGCCAAGACUGUGUCGCAGGAUGUUCAGAAUCUACUCAGCGCCAUCUAUUUGCUGCUGCCCGGAACCCUGAAUCCUCUCAUCUAUGGGGUGAGGACUAGGGAGAUCCGGCAACAUGUAGGAAAGAUGCUCUGUGGAAAGGAACCACCCCAGGAGAUGGGAAAAAUACCACAGACGUUACAGAACCCAAGAGUAGAGAGGAAGUUGCCAGGGUAA